CAGGACUUGGGGUACGAAGGGCACAAAUCAGAGCCGCUCCGUCCUAGCAGAGGGACAGCAGCAUGGCGCUGGUCUGUUCCAGUGUCUCUGUGGAUCUCGAAGCGUCGCUUGCUGACACGCAGGAACAUCGACUGUACGUUGGGCUUCAGUUCCGAGGUGAGACAUUCAAGACGUCAUCAGUGGAUGUGAGAGUUCGAGACGAAGGUUCUCCCCGUCCUGCCAGAUGGAACAAGCAGAAUAUCACGUGGAACCUGGUGGAACUGGGGCUGAACAUCGAGGCUGACCAGUUGUCUGUGGUGCUUAAGGAAAAAAUCAGACUAUUUAAGGACAGGGUAUUUGGUCGAGCAAAUAUCUCCCUAAAGGAAGUAUUCACCAACCCCGGCAACAAGACAGCGCUAUCCUCCCAUCUACACGAUGAGACUGGAAAGGCACUACAGUCCAAAGUGACCCUCAGGCUGACGUAUAUCCCACCUGGACAAGCCGAGGACAGCUCACUUCCCAUGCCUCCGUCUGAAUCUGAAUCAGACUCUGAAGAAGAUGAGGAUGAUGAUGACACCAGUGAAGAAACAGCGGAGAGAAGAGACGACGUCGACCAGCCCGACCAUUGGGGCGGCAUGGAAGCAGCCAACUACGAUGUAGAAAACUCGGCAGGAGUGGUGAAGGGUUCAGCAAUCAUUCUGGGGACUAAACCACUUUUGAGGAAGGAAGAGGAGCUGUCCGAGACAGUACAGGACUUCCAGGUCAGGGUUCGGCUGAUUGAGGGUAGAAGCCUGUACGGAGAGAACGUCAGCCCGGUGUGUAAGAUUACACUGGCCGGGAGAACCAGACAAAGUCGGGUUUGUCGUCACCAACACGAUCCAAACUUCAAUGAGUCUUUUUUCUUCAAUUUCCACGAGUCACCCGCUAACCUACUCCAGGAGUGCUUGUCAUUCACGGUGUUUGACUCACGUAGGUGGAGAAGGGAUGCAUUGAUAGGAUCGUUCAAGAUCGACCUUUUGACUAUUUACCAACAGCCAGAGCAUGCCUUGCUGAGUAAAUGGAUGCUGCUGACUGACCCUGAUGACGUAGCCGCCAGUUCUAGAGGGUUCCUGAAAGCCAGUCUGGUGGUCCUGGGGCAUGGGGACUCGGCUCCAGUGGAGAAGCCAGAUGAUAAACUGACGGAGAAAGGGAACAUCGAAGAAAAUCUUCUUCGGCCAGCUAUAACAAAGAUGAUUCCAGCCAAUCUAUGUGUGAGGGUUUACCACGCUAAGGACCUCCCUGAGACCGAUGGGGGAUCUCUGCUAAGUUGCGGAAACAGCCUGCCCGAUGCGUAUGUGUUGGUGCAUUUCUCAGGCAAAAAGUUGGAAACAAAGCUGCUGAAAGACAAAGGAAAUCCACAUUGGAACCAGGAGCUACGAAUUGAUUAUAAGUUCCCAACGCUUUCCAAAGAAGUCAAGAUUGAGAUAUACGAUGAGGACCGCAUGAGAUUUGAUGACUUGAUUGCCACCACCUUUCUUAGAAGUGAAAGAAUCUCUUUUCCUGGUCAAAAAGGAUUUUUGCCCAGUUUUGGACCAUGUUACCUCAAUCUGUAUGGACCACCCAUGGAUGGACGAACAAACGUCUCCUCAUCACUGGAAGAUGAGAUGGAGAAGGGAAAAGUAGAAGGUGUGGCCUACAGAGGGCGACUGAUGGUUGAGCUAAGAACAGAACUUUCUCAGGCCAAGAGCAAACCUGGAGUGUCUGACAUCAAAAGAAAGGCCAUGGAUCGCAUGAAGGACCUACGAGCUACGCGUAACUACAGAGUUUUUGUGGCCCUGCUUGAGGCCACGUUAAUAGAGAGAGGAGGUGGAGACGUCAGGUUUGAAGUCAGCAUGGGCCACUACGGCAGCAGUACACCGGGCUGGGAGAAGUUCGCCAUCUUUUCAUCGACUUCACCGACUCAACUUAUGCAAAGCGACGGUGAAGAAGAGAACUUGUACCAUGUACCCUGGGACGGCACGUGCCCUGUACUGACCCUUUCCUGUGCGUGGGAGGAUAUCGUACACAGACUACAGACGCACAACGCCCUCAUCAACCUACACAGGACACUGAAUGACAAAGCGGAUGAGCUUAAGGCUAUCUGUGAGAAGAGAUGUAUCAGCAACAACUUUUCUGCUGCCGUGAAACAGUUCAUGACUGACAUCACCAACGAAUGCACGUUGGUGAAACAGAUGCUGAUAGAAUGUGGUGACGAAGGAAGCUGCAGGGUCUUCAACAACCUUGACAGAAAGUUGAAGACCUACAGAUUACACCAACUGUCACGGCUUGUGUAUGACGCCAAACGAGCUGCUGACAUCCUGGGCAACGCGCAGACAGAGUGUGACCUAAGAGGCCUUGAUCUGCAAGUCAGCUUCAUACCCCAGUCAGACGACAUCGAUGGCACUUCUGACGAAGCUACCGGGCACAAUCGUAUUGCCAAACAGACAACGAGUUACGAUAUUGCGGGGCUCCUGAAGACUAUUAUGGACUUAUCAGAUGAUCCACAGCUGAGUCUGCCGGAUAUUUUCCUGUGGCUUGUCAUCAAUGAUAAGCGCGUGGCCUACCGCCGCAUCAAGCCUGCCCAGGUCUUCUACUGCUCCGAUGCGAGGGCACGCGGUGAGCUCUGUGGGUCUGUACAUUAUGUCAACCUCAAGGACAAUGAUGCCCAGCGUAUCUUCCGCAACACACUCCCGCGCGGUUUGACUGUAGAAGACGAUGCCACAUCCGCUGGGCAGAUGCAACGGGUGGCUACAGAACAAGGGGACACCUGUGGUUUAUCAGUACUGCAUGCCAUGGUAGUUUAA